GAAACAGGCAGAAACGGCAUUAAUGAUGAAACCCCCGCCGAGGGUUUAAGAAACGGGGGACCUGGAGCACUACACUGCUGCGAAAACUGCUCAUUUCAAUCUCUCUCGCUCUAGUCUUUAGAUGGAGAGCGUGCGGAUUCGUUUAGAGUUCAAGCAUCGGGAUGUUCUGAGCAAGUCGCAGUUGAAGGAGGGACUGGUGCGAAGCUGGCUUCUUCUCAAACCGGAAAUGGAGACCAUCUCCAGCCUCGCCGCUUAUCUCCUUCACACCUUCGACCUCUACGACUCUUGCCCCAGCGGCCUCAUCCUCUCCAUGGAUGGCUUUGUGUUACCACCUUUUGAGUCAACUUGUAUUUUGAAGGAUAAAGAUAUAGUGUGUGUGAAAAGGAAAGGGGAUUCAGUGGUUGAUACCAUCCAGGCAGGUGAAGAAUUGGACUCUCUCAAGGUAGAUAAGAAUUUGGAGAAGCAAUCUUUGCUUGAAGAUGUGAAGAUUUUGGCAAAUGAGGAGUUUGAAGAGGAACAUAAUGAAAAUGAUGACAGUGUACAGGAGUACAUGGUUACUAGAAAAAGGAAGGCAUUGAAGAAACUUCAGGGCUCAAGGAGGAAGAAAAAUAAGGUAGCUACUACUGGCAAAUGUUCAAUUGUUUUAGAAGAUGAUCAGAAAGACAUCCAUGCAGAGGAGAAUGGAAGCCUUCAUCAAUGUGGAGUCCUCCCCAAAAAGACUGUCAAGAAGGAUAAGUUAUUCAGAUCACCUGUUGAACAGGAUAAGUCUCGUGUCCCGGAAAGUGAUGAAAGAAGUAAUGACACUACUAAAUCUGUGCCCAGUGCAAAGAGGUUCUGCCAACUUGAAGAAAAUGGUGAAGAAAGUGUUGAUGUAUCCCAUAAGCCUUGUGAAACUAAAAAGCUCCCUAGUAGGAGUGCUCGGCGUAAAAAGGCAAAACGGCUAUGGUUGAGGGAACAAGACAAUGCUGAGAAGAAAAAGCUACAUCAAGGGCAAACACUCAAAAGAGAUGAUGAGCAAUCACCUGUCAAAGAUAAUCAGAAAUUAUUUGAAGAACCUCAACAACCAGAUGAAAAUAGUGAGGAAGAGGAUGAGGUUGUCCCAGUAGUAAUUAGGCCAGGACAUAUUCGAUUUGAGCGUCUUGAUAAAGUUAGAGAUGUCCAGCAAUUUCAAACUCCAAUGGAGAGUUUGCAGUGGAAUGGAAUAACCAGCAAAAGGAAGGGUCAAAAAUGGGGUUUGGAGAAAGUUGCUUAUUACAAAAGGAAUGAUUAUGUGAGUUCAAAUGAAGAGGUUGCUGAAAUGGUUACUGCUGAAGAAGCACCUGCAAAAAAUCCCAUAGAUUUUGAUAAGCUUAAACCUUAUACCAGCUCACCUAAGAAAGGUGAUGUAGUUGCUUAUCGCUUGAUUGAGUUAUCAUCAUCAUGGACCCCUGAGCUUUCCUCCUUCCGGGUAGGAAAAAUAUCAUGGUAUAACCCUGAAUCCAAUUGGAUUUUGCUGGUAACAGUUCCAGAAUAUCCAAUUGAUUUUGAGAAGAUAACUGAGGAGCCAUCUGCAGAACAACCUGAUACAUCCCUUUAUGGGGAAGAUGGGUCUUUAAAGAUAAAUUAUUCCUCUCUCGUCGAUAUCCGCAUUGUCAAGUAUGGGAACUUGGAAACAACAGAAAUCACUGGUGAGGUUAUUGAAGUUCAUGUGGGUAAUCAAACUCCAGUAUCAUGUGUCGCGGCCAACACCCCUGUCCAAGCCCCUUUCCCUGCACGAGAAAAUGGAGAAGUAAAUGCAUGGGAUGAAAUCAGUCAAGCUUUGAAUGCGAAGAAAGUCCAGCUAUCCGAGGAGGAUGGUUGGAGGAAGGAAGAGAGUUCAGGCAAAAGUGGGUGGUCCUAUAGGGCCUUGAGAAGCAGUGCCCUGGGCCCAACAAUGGCAAUUUUGAGAGCGCAAAAUGGACUAUGAGAUCCAGCCGGCCGCGUGGUUGGCAAAUUUCCAUGGAAGGAAAAGAAUAUCAUAUCUGGUUUUGAGUAAAUGAGAGGCAGUGAGUGCUAUUAAAGACUAAGCGCUAUGUAUAGAAAGGUGUUCAAUUUUAACGAUAGUCUCAAGUGGGAGGGAGCCGACUGUGGGAACUUACAUUCGUACAUUUUUUUUUUUUCUCGGCUUUUUGGUCUUUUUAAAAGUCGGAAGUUUUAUUUUAUCUUUUGUACACAAGUGAUUGUGUCGUCAGAUAAUGGGAUUGAUUUGAGCAAUUUCUUCCCUCA